AUGGGUCGUCGUCCUGCCAAGUGCUACCGCUUCCAGAACAAGAAGCCGUUCAUCAAGUCCCGCUACUGCCGCGGCGUGCCGGACCCCAAGAUCCGCAUCUACGACGUGGGCAACAAGAAGGCGUCGGUCGACCUCUUCCCCUUUGUGGCGCACUUGGUCUCGGACGAGAAGGAGCAGUUGUCGUCCGAGGCGCUCGAAGCGGCGCGCAUUGCCGCGAACCGGUACCUGACCAAGUACUGCGGCAAAGACAACUUCCACAUGCGCAUCCGUUGCCACCCGUUCCAAGUGCUGCGUAUCAACAAAAUGCUUUCGUGCGCUGGUGCCGAUCGACUGCAGACGGGUAUGCGUCACGCCUACGGCAAACCGGCGGGCGUGGCUGCGCGCGUGUCCAUUGGUCAGCCCAUUAUCUCAGUGCGCUCGAAGGACUCGUUCGGUCCGUCGGUCGUUGAAGCGCUGCGUCGUGCCAAGUUCAAAUUCCCUGGUCGCCAGAAAGUCCUCGGCUCGAAGAAGUGGGGCUUUACCAAGUACGAACGAGAGCUGUACGCUGAGAUGCGUGCGAACGGCUCGCUGGCUGUGGACGGCAACCACGAAAAGUACAAACCGAACCACGGUCCGCUGAAGCUGUAA